GGCAUCACACACAUAACUCACAUCCCCAAGUACACGCAUCGACCACAGGUUGAAGUUUGCAGAUCCGUUGUAUACAACGCAAGAAGAAACCACCAAACACGAAAUGGCUUUUUUCAAGUAUCUGAUAUUCAUCGCCUUGGCCGUGUACUCCGUUGCUGCUGAAGAAGGAGUAAGAGCUAAGAAACAUGCCUACAUUGCCGCUGCUCCAGCUCCAAUUUUAGGUUACUCCGCCUCAGCUCCUGGAUCGUUUUCAUAUGGAUACUCUGAUUACACCAGCUAUCCAUACAACUAUGCCGUGAAAACUGCAGCUGCAUACCAUGCACCAGCCGUAUACCCAGCAGCAACGUACCCAGCAACAGUUUAUACCGCUCCAGCAUACCCAAGCUACCACGAUGAUGGCAAAUACUGGCCUGGCAAAUACGAAAAGACUUACGUCCCAGCCUACAAGGCCGGAUAUCCAAGCUACCCAGAAGAUGACGGCAAAUACUGGCCUGGCAAAUACGAAAAGACUUACAUCCCAGCCUACAAGGCCGGAUAUCCGGUCGCUUACCACUACUAAACGCUCCCACAUCAAUGACUCUCAACCUUUUUUUAACUUGUAGUUUUUUAUUUGACUUUUAACAAUAAAAAGUGAUAAUAUUUUUGCCAUCA